UAUGACCAAAAAGUGCAACUAUAUAUGCAUCUUGUCACUUUAAUUUGAAGGAGAGAGAGAGGAUGAAGAGAAUUCGCUCAUGUUACUUUCGCCCUUAUUUAAACUCAAUCUAGAUUUUACCGGUUUAUGGAAGUGAUUGCAAACUGGCUGGAUGAAAUAAAAUUAGUUGACUAGUUUCAAGAAAACUAUUCGGCUAAAACGGAGACGAACCCCUUAAAGGAGAUGUCAAAACAAGGUGACAUUCUACUGGACUCUAAUUGCGAUACUGACUGGUGAUGGACAAUCGAAUCUAGAGGUACUGAUUGACCUGACGGAGCUAAGCGGAUGGAAUUGCUGAUGUAAUGCGGAACCUGAGAGGAUUUGAUUCUAUGGAUCGGACGGGCCUGCACUUAUUGGAAACGAUUGACCGGAGGAUUAAACCUACUAAAUACACCGUUCUACUGUUCUACUAGAAAUUGAGGAAAAACGUAAGUGUACCUAUGUAUUUACAAAUGUGCUUUCGCUACUAACCUAUUACUUACUAAUAUUUUCUGUGCUAUUAUAUAUUGUAAUUAUUAGUUAUUAUGAAGAUAUUAAUAUAUUUCUUUCUUUUUUUUCGUAGAUUGGUACCGCGAGGAACGGAUCCUCCUCGUCGACUACUCCAACCUUAGAAAGUCUUCAAAAUUUCUAAUAUGUGUUUCUCUCUAGGUCAACCAUGCGGACCCAGGAUGUACCCAUAGGAAGGAGGUUACGCGACGGUUGGGUGUUAUGAUGACCACGACGGGUGUUUUUAUAUCGUUUUUGCAAGGGUGAUACCGCUUACCGACAUAGCUUUAAAUGGGUUUAGAUUUUUUCAAAAAUGAAGAGUGGAAUAUACCGGGGAUACGAUUGCCGUCUAGGUUUUCUAAUAUAUACGUGAUUGAUGUUCGGGAGGGAUACGAGUUGAUUGAUCGGGUCUUCAGAGGGAAAUGGAAUGCUUUCUCCGGACGGGUAGAGAAAGUGGUGUGUGUGAAGGCGAUUUUUGACCUUCGCGAAAUUCCACUUCGUGGAUUUCGCGUAAUUUCCGGCGACAAAGAUUUUCAUAUCUCGCGCCUAUUCUGAGGAUCUUAGAACAUGACUCGUCCACUUCGUUCUGGACUGCGGAAGAGGCGAGAUCGGUCCCAGUAAAGCUCCGCGCCGUGGUGUGAUAGUUCAGGUGAACAUAAAGAAACGUGAAAUAACUUUGAAUUUUGCUAAUUUAGAUUUUUUCCCUAUUCCCUCGAAUAGUCAGAUAGGCAAAGUUAAAUAGUCCUAUUAGUGCGUUGUGCGAAGAGGCAGUUAAGUGCGUGCGUAGACCCCUGGAUGCGACAGGUAAAUCUGGUGUACCUUUCUGUGUGCUGUUGUGCAAAUAAGUCACGUGCCGUGCAACGGUAUUUUUUGAAUAGGUUCGUGGCAAGUUGCGAGGCCCGUCACACCACACCGUCAAGUCAGCGACCGUUUUCGACCCCGCUUUCCAGCUUCGGAGUUUGGCCCGGCGAUACACGUGGGCCGGAGGGGCAGCGUCCGUCAAUACCGCGCCCUUGGCAGGGCGGCAACAGCAAAGUCCGGUUCCGUAUCGGCAACCAUACCGUGAGUAGCGUGAAGAAGUGAAGUUUUCGACAGAAAAAGUUUUUGGAGUGAGCACCAACCGGUUUCGAACCGGUGUCCCCCGCGUGAGGAGCACGCACGCUAUCUCGACGCCACCGCUGGUGACGACCAGCGAGUCGACGGCUGUAUCCCGUCGGAAGACCACGAACCUCGUGUGAGGCGCCGUUUAGCACGGCCACCGCAUGAUCCCGUAGCAGAAGGAGCAGGAGUCACCGCGUGUCAACCACGUGACUCGCCGCAGUAGCAACAAGUGACCGCCGAUGCCUCCACACCAGUAAGAUCAAACCGUGAGUACUCUGAUCAUUUUUUCCCAUGCGCAUGGUGAUUUUCGUCCCUAGUCGGGUCAAACCACUAGCGUGGCCCCACCGAUCUUUUUUCCCGCGCCCUACCGUUCGCCCGCUUAUGCGACGUAGUCGGCUGCUAAAAAUUGCACAUUUUUUGCAAAUAAACACGGAAAGGCGCACUGCACGUAAAUGAAUUGAUCGCACGAAGAGAAAGGAAGAGAGAAUAGAAGCUAGAGGGAAUGAGAGUUUAGCUAGGCCUAGGUUAAAUGAAUUGAUAUCGAUAAAGUAGAAGAAGCAAAGGGAUGGAAAUUGUAAUAAAUGAACUGAAAUAGAUAUGGAAUUGGUUUUCAAUGCGAUCGAAUAAAUGGGUAGUUUGUGCAUAAGUGUCGUUGAGUCGUUAUUUUUAAUUGGAAGAGAUCUAGAGAGGUAAAUGUAGAAGGAAUUUCACGUUUCCGGUCGUUUUUAAGUUUUUUGGUCAUUUUCUGGGGAGGUUGGCCCUGAAUCCAACCAAGUGACAUUUCUCUAAUCGAACGAAGAUGCGUUCGAGGUGUUUGAGUCUUGUUUUCCCGUGAUGAUAACCGUCGCGAGCCUUACUUUGUCGCCGGCGGAAAUCAAUUUCACGUACACCAAUUUCUUUAUUUGCACGACUUCGGUCGUGAGGCAUUUCGUUUCCCUGAUCAGCCAGCUCGUUUCCUGCCCAUUCAUUUGAGAAAAACUUGAACCCUACCCUGAAGGGUCUCAAUAAGGUCGGGCAACCAUCAAUCUCGGUAAGUGGUCUCCCUCGGGAGUGGCGCUUAAGCCAUUUUUACUUGUCACCGGGAAACUCGCAAGGCUGUCGGGUUACAAUGUCUGUAGGAGCAUCCUGGAAAGUUUGACGAUAUUACUUUUUUGCUCCCCGAACAUUUUUUUCGAGUUGUGACUUGGAGUAAAAUUUCAGUGAAAUUUCCAUGUACGGCGAAUAUCGUGACUUUGGCAACAUUGCCGGCCUAGGGCCCAAAACUAAAGAUGCAGUCACGUUCCUAUAUGUCUGUAGGAGCAUCCUGGAAAGUUUGACGAUAUUACUUUUUUGCUCCCCGAACAUUUUUUUUCGAACUCUGACAUGGAGUAAAAUUUCUGUGAAAUUUCCGUAUACGGCGAAUAUCGUGAUUUUGGAAACAUUGCCGGCCUAGGGCCCAAAACCAAAGAUGCAGUCACGUUCCCAUAUGUCUGUAGGAGCAUCCUGGAAAGUUUGACGAUAUUACUUGUUUGCUCCCCGAACAUUUUUUUUCGAGUUGUGACUUGGAGUAAAAUUUCUGUGAAAUUUCCAUAUACGGCGAAUAUCGUGAUUUUGGCAACAUUGCCGGCCUAGGGCCCAAAACCAAAGAUGCAGUCACAUUCCCAUAUGUCUGUAGGAGCAUGCUGGAGAGUUUGACGAUAUUACUUUUUUGCUCCCCGAACAUUUUUUUUUCGAACUCUGACAUGGAGUAAAAUUUCUGUGAAAUUUCCGUAUACGGCGAAUAUUGUGAUUUUGGCAACAUUGCCGGCCUAGGGCCCAAAACCAAAGAUGCAGUCACGUUCCCAUAUGUCUGUAGGAGCACCCUGGAAAGUUUGACGAUAUUACUUGUUUGCUCCCCGAACAUUUUUUUUUUCGAGUUGUGACUUGGAGUAACAUUUCAGUGAAACUCCUAUAUACGGCGAAUAUCGUGACUUUGGCAACAUUGCCGGCCUAGGGCCCAAAACCAAAGAUGCAGUCACGUUCUCAUAUGUCUGUAGGAGCAUCCUGGAAAGUUUGACGAUAUUACUUUUUUGCUCCCCGAACAUUUUUUUUCGAACUCUGACUUGGAGUAAAAUUUCUGUGAAAUUUCCAUAUGUGUCGAAUAUCGUGAUUUUGGCAACAUUGCCGGCCUAGGGCCCAAAACCAAAGAUGCAGUCACGUUCCCAUAUGUCUGUAGGAGCAUCCUGGAAAGUUUGACGAUAUUACUUUUUGCUCCCCGAACAUUUUUUUUCGAACUCUGACUUGGAGUAAAAUUUCUGUGAAAUUUCCAUAUGUGUCGAAUAUCGUGAUUUUGGCAACAUUGCCGGCCCAGGGCUCAAAACCAAAGAUCAGGGUGUCUUCUACCUGGAAAAACCUGGAAAACCUGGAAUUAUCAGGGAAUUUUACUCGACCUGGAAAAAUCCUGGAAUUCUCAGGGAAUUCUGGUGACAAUCAGGGAAUUUCUGUGUUUAUCAUUUUAAUACAAAUUUUUAGGUAGAAAUGCCUCAAAGCGAAUAAAAAUUUCGGCUGCGCCGCUGCUACACCUAAUUACCCGCUCGAUAAAUAUUAUUUAUCAGGUAUCCUUUAAAUACCCUUGACGUUGAAACUAACUUGUACUUUUUCCACAGCAAUCUCCUAUUUUAUGUUUUACCUAUUUCGGAAAACUGAGCCGACAUGCUUUUAUUGUAGGACAUUCUCAAUUUUUCUCAAAUCCUUCAAUCUAUUGCAGCGUUAAAUAUUGGUUUAGUGACUUAAAUUGUAUAAGCUAUUUUUCUUCAUUUCCAUGUAAUUGAGCUUACUGUCUUUAUUUAUUGAAGGUCUUCAUUUAUUGAGGUUUGCCUAACAAAUUCGCAAUCGCCUGUAGAUAUUGGAAAAUGCCUGAACCUAAAGAUAUAUUUCAAGUGUAGUUCCUGAAACUCCCGCAGAAACGUUUUUAGAACAACUCAUAAAUGAUUCUAAAUAAUGUUUGAAAGAAUUUUCAACUCUCUCUUUCCCAAAGUUGCUCUCUCUCUCUCUUCUUGGCGUAACGUCCUCAUUGGGACAAAGCCUGCUUCUCAGCUUAGUGUUCUAUGAGCACUUCCACAGUUAUUAACUGAGAGCUUCCUCUGCCAAUGACCAUUUUGCAUGCGUAUAUCGUGUGGCAGGCACGAAGAUACUCUAUGCCCAAGGAAGUCAAGGAAAUUUCCUUUACGAAAAGAUCCUGGACCGACCGGGAAUCGAACCCGUCACCCUCAGCAUGGUCAUGCUGAAUACCCGUGCGUUUACCGCCUCGGCUAUAUGGGCCCCUCCCAUAGUUGCUUCUGAGCUCCAUAUUUUUUAACGAACUCGAGAGAAACUAUUUUUGAUGGACAUAAUGCAAAAGUUUUAGAACAUUGUUGCCAAUUCAUUAGUAUAUUCUAAUUAUCAAUUACUUGUUUGAAGAGUGAAACUAUUGACAACCAAAACUAUUGAUUUACAACUUUUUUCUUUUAGUUUUGAAAACAGUUAAUUUGUAACAAUAUAUGUUUAUAUUCUUUUGGUUAAAACACUGUUUUGACGUUAAAUUAUCGUUCAAAUUUGUUGUGGAGAAAAGGAUUUAAAUAUUCUGAAGGAAUCCAGAAUCACUCUAGUUUAACUUAUGUGAACAUUUUUAAAAUUUUCAAGUGUAACUCGCAGUAUUGUUUGAAGUCAAUUCUAUUGCAACUCUGAAAGGAUUUUCUGACUGGAGUCCUAUAAACAUAUCGAAUAUUUUCGCUAGCAAUUUAUUUAAAAGGAGAAAUCGCUGGAGAGAAGAAUCUAGCAAAAUUCAUGAAAAAUACAUACUAGAGCGAUUCUUUUACGAAGGUCUUCGUGCGCAAUAACUGAAGCUAUGCAUGAUGGGUUUCUUAGAGGUUUUGUUUGAAAGCGUUAGCUGCAUUUUUCAAAUUUCCGACAAUAUUCAAGAAAGUUUGUUCAGGAACUACUCGGAAGAUUUUCUGCUGGAACGGCCAAGCUUAGCUUUUAUAAAAAUAUAGUGUAAUUUCUUGCUAUUUUCCUUACUAAAUUCCUUCAGAAAUUCAUAAUAGUUAUUUAUGCAACAAGUUGCAAAAUGAUGAUUUUUUCAGCACGAGUCGUACAUUUAUCCAACGAGGCUUGCCGAGUUGGAUAAAUACGACGAGUGCUGAAAAAAUCGAGUUUUGCAACGAGUUGUAUACAACAUUUUUUGUAAUUACGAAAAAUACUCAUUCAGUAUGAUCGUUUCUACCUCCACAAACAUGUAUCAGGGGGGAGGAAUCACGUGCGAGCACAUGCUUAUCAGCGUAGUAUUUUUUUUUUUGUUCGAUCAGGUAGGCUAUGGUGUGGUAGGUGUCACAAAUGAUCAAGCUCCCGUCGUCAAACAGUUUUGCACAGACAAAAGCAAAGGAAGUUUCAGCAGCUGCCCCUUCACCGAAGUUUCAGUUCGAAUCGGAAUUCAAAUCGUCCUUAUUCGUAUUUGAGCUGCUCAGAGGAUGUGGAGGCAGCAGCUGAAUCUGCGGUAGGCGUGGCAGCAAGUGAAAAGUGCGUGCUCGCAAAAGUGCCGAAAAGUGCUACUUUUCAGCACUUUUAAGAGUGCCGUAAAGUAGCACUUUUCGGUACACUUGCAUCAGCGGUAAAAAGUAGGCCAUUUCAUCAUACUUCAGCCCAUUAAAAUGUCCAACUUUUCACAACGUAAUUACAAAAAUGUAUUCACUGUACUCCAUUCUGCACCCGCAAUACAGUGAAUACAUUUUCAUUGCGGAAAUUUCAUCUUUGAACGAGAAAACUGCUUUCGAAUUUUCAAUGUUGACGAUUUUGUCAAUGACGCAUCCUUCAACCUUAAAUGUAAUUAUAGUUUAUACUGUAAAUUUUCUAAAAAGUUGCGUUUCUACAAAUUUCUAGAAAUCUGAUAUCAUGUUUAGUUUAGUUGAUUUGUUAAAGUUUCUUGAGCCUGGAAUUAUUUUCAAAACCCUGGAAAAGUUCUGGAAAUAUCAGGGAAUUUUAUUUUCAUAAUUGAGUAGACACCCUGAUAAGGGCGAAAGUAACAUGAGAGAGUUAUCUUCAUCGACUCUCUCUUCUGCAAAUUAAAGUGACAAGAUGCAAAUUCAAUCGAACUUUUUUACACUUAGACGCUAGAUUUCAUCGCAACCUUGCGAUUUAUGACCAAAAAGUGCAACCAUAUAUGCAUCUUGUCAUAACUGAAGCUAUGCAUGAUGGGUUUCUUAGAGGUUUUGUUUGAAAGCGUUAGCUGCAUUUUUCAAAUUUCCGACAAUAUUCAAGAAAGUUUGUUCAGGAACUACUCGGAAGAUUUUCUGCUGGAACGGCCAAGCUUAGCUUUUAUAAAAAUAUAGUGUAAUUUCUUGCUAUUUUCCUUACUAAAUUCCUUCAGAAAUUCAUAAUAGUUAUUUAUGCAACAAGUUGCAAAAUGAUGAUUUUUUCAGCACGAGUCGUACAUUUAUCCAACGAGGCUUGCCGAGUUGGAUAAAUACGACGAGUGCUGAAAAAAUCGAGUUUUGCAACGAGUUGUAUACAACAUUUUUUGUAAUUACGAAAAAUACUCAUUCAGUAUGAUCGUUUCUACCUCCACAAACAUGUAUCAGGGGGGAGGAAUCACGUGCGAGCACAUGCUUAUCAGCGUAGUAUUUUUUUUUUGUUCGAUCAGGUAGGCUAUGGUGUGGUAGGUGUCACAAAUGAUCAAGCUCCCGUCGUCAAACAGUUUUGCACAGACAAAAGCAAAGGAAGUUUCAGCAGCUGCCCCUUCACCGAAGUUUCAGUUCGAAUCGGAAUUCAAAUCGUCCUUAUUCGUAUUUGAGCUGCUCAGAGGAUGUGGAGGCAGCAGCUGAAUCUGCGGUAGGCGUGGCAGCAAGUGAAAAGUGCGUGCUCGCAAAAGUGCCGAAAAGUGCUACUUUUCAGCACUUUUAAGAGUGCCGUAAAGUAGCACUUUUCGGUACACUUGCAUCAGCGGUAAAAAGUCAACCAUGCGGACCCAGGAUGUACCCAUAGGAAGGAGGUUACGCGACGAUUGGGUGUUAUGAUGACCACGACGGGUGUUUUUAUAUCGUUUUUGCAAGGGUGAUACCGCUUACCGACAUAGCUUUAAAUGGGUUUAGAUUUUUUUCAAAAAUGAAGAGUGGAAUAUACCGGGGAUACGAUUCCCGUCUAGGUUUUCUAAUAUAUACGUGUUUGAACCGAUGAUUUCGCGUAUUUUUACUUUUGUAUAGAGCUUCGCAAAUUUCCCUACAUAGUUCUUCGACUUGUCUGACUGGUUGAUGUUCUUUUUGUAUACGAUUUCGCCCUCUUGAAAAUUUCUUUUCGAGUCACACCGAAGGUUGUAGUGGUGAGAAUAUUUGUCAUAGGCCUUCUUCAUGUUCCUCUGGACAAUUUCUUGUAAUUUUCUUUGGUUUUCCUGCAAGACAGCCGGUCGAUAGUCAGUGGUUAUAUUACUUUCAAGGAUGUUUUCAUAUUCCGUGCCAUUACUUAUCAUUUCCCUUCCAAAGUUAAGAAAGUAAGGUGAGAAACCCGUACUAUCGUGAACUGACGUACGGAUGGCCAUUGCUAUCUUAUUAACAUCUUAAUCCCAUUCUUUGUGAGAUGAUUUGUCUUUAAGAGAGCAUCUUAUUAAGGUUACUAUCACCCGGUUGACUCGCUCGGUCGGGUUAGGCCCAGGGUGGUACACCGCUAAGUUCCAGUGGGUAACCUGAUUUUGCUUUAAGAAACUUUCGAAGAGUUUAGAGGUAAAUACAGUCGCAUUAUCGGAGAUGCAUAUUGAAGGAACUCCGAAGACCAAGAAAAUAAUGUUCUCAAGAAAAGUGCAGACUGCUUGCGAUGUAGCUGAUCUCAUGCAUUGGACCAUAACAAACUUGGAAUAAAAGUCAGACACUACCAAACACCAGAUGUUCCCUCGCUUGGAUCGAGGAUACGGGCCCAAAAAGUCCAGAGAGAUCAUCUCCCAAGGCCUGGAGCAUAGUUUGCGUUUCCCACAGGGUGGUGUGACAUUGCUGUUAUCGCUUUUCGAUUCUUUACAUACCUCGCAAGUAGAACAAAACCGUUUUAUGUCAGUAGACAUUUUUGGCCAGUAAAAUUUUUGUCGAAUUUUCUCCAGGGUCUUUGUGAAGCCUAGGUGUGCUUCUGUGUGGAUUAGUUUGAUAAUCUCCGGUCUUUCUGACGCCGGGACCACAUAUUUCCACUUGAAGGAUAAAUCUUCAAGACCAGACGUGUUAGAAAUAAAUUUAUAGAUUUUUCCAUCCCGAAUUUGGAAAUCCUUGUAUCUGUCUGGAUUCUUGAUUAUUUGGUCCCGUAGGCCGCUUAUAUAGGCAUCUGGGUGAUCAAAUUGCAACGUAUUUACCCCUCUGGAGAAAAAAAUUGUUGCAGACUAACAUAGUAGCCAACCAUCGAUCAGUUGUUGUCCAAGCAAUCAUCGCUCAUCCUUGGCAACCGUAGCAACCACCAAUCAACCUAACAACCUGACACUAUAUAAGUACCCAUACCUGUCAACUCUAUUCAUUCUGUACCUACCACUCGAACAAUAAAGAUUAGUAGUAAAGUACAACAGUUGGCGACGAGGUAAUCAAGAAUUCAACGCUCAAGAGGAAGAACCAUGGCACCACCUGGCGGAGACAGCGAAACUCUGAUGCAGCAAAUUGUCCGGCAGAACCAGCAGAUGGCAGAGCAAAACGCGCGGUUGAUGGUCUUGCUGGAGCGAUUCGGCAUUCAAGAAGGCUCCGGAUCCGGCCGAUCUUCAAGCAACCCGGAAUUCAUCAUUGAAUCUCUGGCGUCGAACAUCCACGAGUUCUCCUACGACCCGGACAAUGGCCAAGUUUUCGACCGGUGGUAUCGCAAGUACGAGGAUCUCUUCCUGAAGGACGGUGCGAAAUUGGACGAUGCAGCGAAGGUGCGUUUGCUCCUGAGAAGCCUCAGUGUCAACGUUUUCGACCGUUACGUCAAUUUCGUGCUUCCGAAACAUCCCCGUGAGUUCACCUUCGAGGAAACUGUCAAGAAACUCAAGGAAUUGUUCAGCAUCCGGAUUUCGCUCUUCAGCAAACGGUACCAAUGCUUCCAGCUGACGAAGAACGAUGCGGACGAUUAUGUGACUUACGCGGGACAAGUUAACAAGGCCUGUGAAAAUUUUGAACUGAACAAGCUAACUCCAGACCAGUUCAAGAGCUUGGUUUUCAUUUGCGGACUUCGCUCAACGAAGGACGCGGACAUCCGGACGCGGCUACACUCGAAGCUUGAAACGAACGCCGACGAAGAUUGCAAACUCGAAUCGCUCAUCACGGAAUGUCAACGUCUUCAAAAUCUCAAGCAUGAUACCGCUAUGGUGGAACAGAAGCAUACUUCGAUCAGCUCCGUCUGCGCAGUCAAACAGAAGAAGCCUCAAUCGAACCCAUCUGGACCGAAAACCAAACCUAGUGGCAAAUCAAGCACCCCGAAGACACCCUGUUGGCAGUGCGGCGGCAUGCACUUCGUUCGCGAUUGUUCGUUCUCAAACCACGUUUGUAAGGACUGCAAGCAAACCGGACAUAAAGAAGGCUACUGCGGCUGUUACUCAGCGAAGACAUCUACCAAGAAGAAGAAGUCGAAGAUCAACGGUGUUUUCGCGAUCAACCAGGUUAGUAGUGAGUCCCGGCGGAAGUUCCUGACCGUGAAUAUCGAUGGAUCUGAAGUGACACUGCAGUUUGACACGGCUUCGGACAUCACCAUCAUCUCUCGGAAAAUCUGGAACAAAUGUCUUGGAUCCCCUCAACUACUUCCCACAACAAGAGCAGCAACAACAGCGUCUGGCAAGCCUCUUCAGCUUCUUGGUGAACUUCAAAGCGCAAUCACACUUGGAGGUGUCACCAAACCAGGAAAACUUUACGUGGCCAGCAACAAUCUCAACCUGUUUGGCCUGGAAUGGAUCGACUUGUUUGGACUAUGGGACAAGCCAUUGUCGGCGAUCUGCAAUCAAGUUCACGCCGAUCAACCCAACGCAAUUCAGCACUACAAGGCAAGAUUCCCAGACGUUUUCCGGCAAGGUUUAGGACACUGCACAAAAACCAAGGUACGCUUGUUCCUGAAACCCGAAGCUAUGCCAGUCUACAAACCGAAACGGCCUGUACCAUUCACAUCCGUGGAGAAAGUCGAUGCAGAACUGGACCGUCUUCAACAACUGGGUAUCAUCACCCCGGUUGACUUUUCCCAGUGGGCUGCACCAAUCGUAGUGGUCAAGAAACCAGGAGGAAAGAUUCGAAUCUGUGCCGAUUAUUCAACCGGUCUGAACGCCGCCCUGGAGUCGAACAACUACCCGCUGCCAGUUCCCGACGACAUCUUCAGCAAGCUCAACGGAUGCAAGUAUUUCAGCAUAAUCGACCUUAGUGAUGCCUAUCUGCAAGUAGAAGUGGAUGACGACUCGAAAAACUUGCUGACCAUCAACACACACCGUGGACUAUUUCGUUUCAACCGGCUAGCACCUGGGGUGAAGUCGGCUCCAGGAGCAUUCCAGCAGUUGAUGAACACGAUGAUCGCAGAUCACCAAGGUGUCGAAUCGUUCCUGGAUGACCUGAUGGUAUUCAGCAAAACCGAGAAGGAGCAUCGUGAAAUCCUCACCGCUCUUUUUCAACGACUGCAAGAGUAUGGCUUCAUCAUCCGUGAAGAAAAGUGCAACCUGCUACAGCUUCAAAUCAAGUAUCUUGCACACAUCGUUGACGAAUCUGGACUACGACCGGAUCCUGCCAAGAUCGAAGCCAUUGUCAAGAUGCCUGCUCCCAGUGACAUUUCCAGUCUACGAUUGUUCCUCGGUGCGGUGAAUUUCUAUGGCAAGUUCGUAUCAGAAAUGCACCAGCUACGAAGACCACUCGACGCGCUUCUCAAGAAGGAUGCCAAAUUCGUUUGGAACAACGACUGCCAGAAGUCUUUCCAGAAGUUCAAAGAAGUGCUCCAGUCAGAUCUUCUCCUAACGCAUUACGACCCGACUCUGGACAUCAUCAUAGCAGCAGACGCAUCCCAGUCAGGAAUUGGAGCCUGCAUCAUGCACAAGUUUCCCAACGGCGCUCUCAAAGCGGUGGCACAUGCAUCCCGUUCCCUCACCGAUGCUGAAAAACGUUACGGACAGGUGGAGAAGGAAGGUCUAGCCCUGGUAUUCGCUGUAACGAAGUUCCACCGGAUGCUACUUGGACGCAAGUUUACGCUACAAACGGAUCAUCAGCCGCUCUUGAGGAUAUUUGGAUCGAAAAAGGGGAUUCCAAUCCACACCGCCAAUCGCUUACAACGCUGGGCACUGACGCUUCUGUGUUACGAUUUUGACAUCCAGUAUGUAUCCACCACCCAGUUCGGAAAUGCCGAUGUUCUUUCCCGUCUCAUCAGCGGUCAUUCAAGACCGGAGGAAGAUUUCAUCAUCGCUUCAAUCCAACUGGAAGAUGACAUUGAAGUACCUCUUCAAGAAGCAGUCGGAUUACUUCCUGUGACGUUUGACAUGGUACGUAGCACUACAACGAAAUGCUCCGUUCUCCAGCAAGUUGUCAAGCACAUCGAAAAUGGAUGGCCUACUCACAUCAAGGACAUUACAAACCCCGAUGUUCGACCGUUCCACACCCAUCAGGACGCCCUGGAAUUGGUAAAGGGAUGUGUUAUGCUUGGAAACCGAUUGGUGAUUCCUGAAACAUUGCGAAAACGGAUUCUGAAGCAGCUCCAUAGAGGACAUCCAGGGAUGGAAAGGAUGAAAGCUCUCGCUAGAAGUCACGUCUACUGGCCCAAGAUCGACGACAGCAUUUCCGAUUACGUCAAGCAGUGCGACAAAUGCGCUACUCAUUCGAAGACACUUCCGAAAGUUCCUCUACAAUCAUGGCCGCUCGCACAAUCUCCUUGGGAACGCAUCCACAUAGAUUUUGCUGGCCCAGUCAACGGCCUGCAUUUUCUAGUGGUAAUCGACACCUUUUCCAAGUGGCCGGAAAUCAGCAUUGUACGCUCACCGACCACAGCAGCAGUCAUCAAUUUCCUGGACGAAGUGUUUGCUCGCUUUGGAGUUCCAAUCACCAUGGUAUCCGACAACGGCACACAAUUUACAUCGGCGCAGUUCGCGGAAUUCUGCAAGAAGAACGGAAUCCAACAUUUGAGAAUCUCUCCGUAUCAUCCGCAGUCGAACGGCCAGGCGGAACGCUUUGUAGAAACCUUGAAGACGGCGUUGCUCAAGAUUAACGAGGGGGAAAAGAUCUCCGAAUCACUGCAAAUCUUCCUUCAAGCCUACAGAACAACCCCAAGUCGUACCCUGAAUGGAAAAACUCCGUCUCAGCUGAUGAUCGGAAGGAACAUGCGGACAGUCCUGAGUCUACUCCAACCACGACAGCCAAAGACCCCAAUCAUCAAUCAACGACAAAAUGACCAGUUCAACCGGAAACAUGGCGUAGUACCUAGGAAUCUACAAGCUGGUGAUGCAGUUUAUGCCAAGGUCUACCAAUCCAAUUCAAAAUGGAAAUGGGCUCCCGGAGUCAUUAUUGAAGCCAUCGGGCAAGUAAACUUCAACGUUCUAUUGGACGAAUGGCAUGGCCGACGGAAGUUGAUCCGUUCACAUGCCAACCAAAUCAAGCAUCGCUUUGACGACCAACAACCAACAAAGGAACCAACGGAGAAAUCUUCCCUCAAUAUAUUCGUGGACGAGUUUGGACUGCAGGAUAAUUUCCAACAAGAUGAAGUGACUACCGUUGCUCCUCCAGAACCGGCACUAGACCAAGAAGUUUUCAUUGAUGCCACUGAUGAUGACGAAGCACUACCAGAAAUGGAAGUAAGCCUGCCGGAAUCAAUUCAACAUUCACAACCUGAUGAGGAAGCCUCUACGAGUCGGCCCAGGCGAAUGAUCCAGAUGCCAUCUAGACUGGAACCCUUCCUAGUAUUCUGGAAAUAAGAAGGGAGGAAUGUUGCAGACUAACAUAGUAGCCAACCAUCGAUCAGUUGUUGUCCAAGCAAUCAUCGCUCAUCCUUGGCAACCGUAGCAACCACCAAUCAACCUAACAACUUGACACUAUAUAAGUACCCAUACCUGUGAACUCUAUUCAUUCUGUACCUACCACUCGAACAAUAAAGAUUAGUAGUAAAGUACAACAAAAAUCAGCGGAUACAUUUUCAAUUCCUUUUUUAUAUUCAAAAGUAAUGUCAUAUUUUGACAAUUUGAGUGCCCAUCGAGCUAUCCUCGGAGAAUUCGACUCUAUCGACAUAGAUUUCAAAAACGUUAGACUCAUAGCGUCUGUUUGCACCACAAAUCGAGUGCCCUCGACAAAGUGUCGGAAAUUUCAUUCAUUUCAUUUAUUUAGUAUUACAUCAAAUUCAAGAUAAAACUGAAUCAACAAUAUUUCUCCAGUGUGUAGGAAAUUUUCGAUGCUUAAUAAAACGGCAAGACAUUCCCUCUCCGUUGCGCUAUAACGCCGCUGCGUGCUGGAGAGCUUUUUAGAGUAAUACGCUAGACAUUUUCGUUCUCCACCUUGGAUCUGUGUCAAAACUGCUCCAAUCGCCUGGUCCGAGCUAUCCGUUUCAAUAAUGAACGGUAGGUCAAAGUCAGGAUUUGCUAGUAUAGGAGUAGUAACUAGAGCGGAUUUCAAUUUUAGAAAAGCGUCGUUCGUCACCUGUCCAUGUGACCUUUUUCCCUUCUUUAAGGAGGUCGGAAAUCGGUGCUGUUAAGUCGGAAUACUGGGGAAUAAAUUUUUGGUAAAAUCCCGCUAAACCAAGGAGCCGACGAAUGUCUUUCACAGAUUUCGGGACUGGUUAAUCAAUUACUGGCUUUAUUUUCUCAGCAUCCACAGAAAGACCAUCUUCUGAGACUAUGUAGCCCAAAUAUUUAAUUUUUUGUUGGCAAAAACUCGAAUUUUGCACAUUUAUGGUCAACCCAGCAUUUCUAAAUCGUUCAGCCACAAUUUUGAGAUAGUAAAGAUGAGUCUCGAAAUCGGUCUGUAGCGAUGAUUGUGUCAUCUAAAUAGACAUGCACAAACGGCUCCAAAUCAUGCCCCAAAACCUGGCUCAUUAAUCG